AGCUCUUGUUCGGCUGCGUGCUUCAACGCAACUCGGCUGUUAAGUGUGUAAAAUCUGGCUUGUUUUCCUCGCCUCGAGAAAUUCCGUUUGCACUGGAGGCCUGGCUUUAGCAUCCGUCACGGACUUUAUGGAGAGGUGGAGACAUACAUGGAUACUGGCGUGUUCGACGGUGCCACUGGACAUCACCGGCUAUCUGAGAGGGCACUGCAAGGAGUGCGAAUGCAGUGGUUUUCAGCGCCUUGUUGAUCUGGCCAUGACAAGGUACCUAUUGGCUGGUGCAUUCUCUGUGGACACUCGCCUGCCUCAUAUGGACCUCUCGUCAGCCUCUAUGAGGGUGCCCAAGACGGAUAUCUGGAGGAAGCUGAAUCUUGCAGUGCACCACAACAGCCUUUUGCUAGGCAAAUAUGUGGCCAGUGGUCAACAGACACCACCACUUACCCAGAAAGAGGGCCUGCGCAAUCUGUCGAAGAUUAUUCUUUGACAGUGCACCAGACAAUGAAGUUCGGCACUCAGGAAGUGCUUCCGC